AUGUUCCCAAAGCUCGUCUUCGUCACGGGUGGCAACACCGGCAUCGGAUUUGAGACGGUCAAGGCACUCAUCAAGUCAACCAAAGACGACUACCACAUCUUUGUUGGCGGUCGCACGCUGGCCAAGGCAUCGGCGGCCAUGGACCAAUUGAAGGAUCUGCUGGCGCCGUCUAGCACCACUGCUGAGGCAAUACAGGUUGACGUGACGGAUGACGAGUCGAUUCAGAAAGCAGUCGAGUAUGUUGAGCACAGAUUUGGAUGGCUUGACAUCUUGAUCAACAAUGCUGGCGCUCUCUUCGACACCACCUUCAGCGGAGACGCAUCCAACUUCAGGGCCGUCUUCAACAAGGCAUACGACGUCAACGUUACCGGCGCCCAGGUCCUGACCGGCCUUUUCGCACCUUUGCUCAUUAGAUCCCCAAGAGCGCGGCUCCUUUUUCUCAGCUCGAGCAAUGCGAGUCUCAGCGGCGCGUUUGAGGGUUGCGCUUCAGGCGGGACAAAAGAACCGCAGGACGGCUGGCCAAAAGAUGGACUCAUCACGCACCAAGGAUAUAGGUGUUCCAAGGCGGCAGUGAACAUGUGCAUGUUGACUUGGUACCAGGUGUUGAGAGACGACGGCGUCAAGACUUUUGCCGUCAAUCCUGGGCUGUCGGCGACACAUCUGGGCGGGAGCACUCCCAGAAAGAUGAAAAGGCUGGGCGCUGUUGAUGCGGCGCGGGCCGGCGAUCUCGUGCGAAGCGUGGUCGAGGGCGAGAGGGAUGAGCAUGUUGGCAGAGUCGUGACGUGGGACGGAGCGCAAGAGUGGUGA